AACAAAACAGAUGAGAGCAGUACAAAAAUGUGAAAGUAGCUAUAUGUUGAUAUUUUAAACAUUUACAUAUUAUAUUUAUAUACAUUUUUAACAGAUACAUUGCACAAUUAUACCCCUUUGUCACGUUUAUAUAUAGAUGUGUGUGUGUGGGAGUUUGUGUAUUCAGACAAGUGACCCUCUUUAACAAAAUAUCACAGCAAAGUGUUCUUUCUAUGGCUUAAAUUUGUGACAGUGGUGUCAGAUGAUGUGACAGUUGUCUGAGAUGUUGUGACAAUGGUUUUUGAUGCUGUGACACGUUGUUUUUUUUGCAUUUGACAGUGGCUUCACAUGUGGUUGUACACAUUGAGAAGGCGCCUUUAGAUGUUGGUAUGCUGGUUUCAUCAGGACAGCACAUACCCCUUCUGGGCAUUUUAUCGCUUUCCGUAUGCGCAUAAAGCUUUGUGGUGUAACUUCUCAUUUCCCAGUGCCUGAUUUGUACUAUAAUCAACCUCGCAUUGUGUCUGGACUGGACACAACCUGUGGCUUAUCGACAAUGUUGAAACUAAACGCACGUUUUAACAGGGUGGAUAAUUAUUAUUAAUUAAUUAGGUCUCUUAUUGGGCAGUCGGUGUUUAUUAUGCUCCCCCAGAAGUCACAAAUCUCAAUGAGAUAAGUCCCUGGUAUGGCUAAGAGAAUUCACUGAAUGGCUGUUUUUUUCACUAAUAGAUGUCUUGUGUUCAAACUGUUAUAUUUAUGUGCUGAAAAUGUACGAUGGAAUCAAAAGGAAUUUCCAUUUUUUUGUAUCAAUAAAAGAAUCUUAUCUUAUCUUAUUUGAGAAGCCUUGAACUUUACCCUCUAACGAAUAUAGUUCAGGGGUUUACGUGGAGGGUGGGGCAUACGUAAUAAAUAGUUUGAGCCUCACUGCUACUGGUAAAAUGUAUGAGGUGGGCGGCCUUCAUGAAUAAUUUGGCAUUAGUUUAUCUGUCAGGGGCCGUUUCGUGUAUGCAAGGGGAGGCAAUCAAUAAUCUAAGACUAAUUAUGACGCUUUGACGUAGAAUCCAAGACAUAAUUGGAAUUUGCUAUGUGUCUUACUGUGUGUCUUAUGGUGUAUCUUACUGCGUGUCUUACGGUGUGUGUUGCGGUGUGUCUUACUGUGUGUCUAACGGCAGGUCUUAUGGUGUGUUUUAUGAUGUGUCUUACGGUGUGUCUUACGGUAGGUCUUAUGAUGUGUCUUACGGUGUGUCUUAUGGUGUGUCUGAAAUUGUUAACGGUAUGGUUUAGUGGCCCAAAUGUAAGCCUUGAAACUCAGUUUAAAAUGUAUGUUAAAAAUUGAUACAAGACUUUGAACAGUUUAACUAUUUCUUUCAUUAUUUCCUAUAAUAAUAAUUUUAAAAAAAAAAUCAUUUGACUGCUUCGAUCUAUCAUUUUAAAUCUAACAUUUGACGCUAUUCAUGAAUAAAGAGGCCCCAACAUGACAGCUUUAGCUAAUAAUUACAUCUGAUUAAAGGCCUCGGUACGACAGCUUUUAGUUAAUAAGUACAACUGGUGAAAGGCCUUGGUACGACAGCUUUAGCUUUAGCUAAUAAGUUCAUCUGAUUAAAGGCCUCGCUUGACAGCUUUAGCUAAGUAAGCACAUCUGGUGAAAGGCUUCGGUAUGACAGCUUUAGCUUUAGCUAAUAAGUUCAUCUGAUUAAAGGCCUCGCUUGACAGCUUUAGCU